UGGCAGCUCCCUGCAAUAACCUCCCAGAAAUGCAGAACUGUCAGAUCAGAAAUGUUUAAGCUGACUUCCUCGUCCAGCCGCUGCAGGACUCAGAUCUUCUCUUCAGUUUGCUUUUUGCUCCCUGUGUUGGAUUUUACUGUUCAGUAACCUCCCAAGCCCCCCCUUCCAUGAUGCCCCCCCACAGUUUUCUCCUAACCGGAGCUCUGCUCUCAUUGGCUGUCUCUCUGCUGGUCGCCAUGGAGACCUGUCGAGCAACAGGAAUGCCUGGAAUGCCAGGUAUUCCCGGACUUCCCGGUAGAGAUGGUCGGAAUGGAGAGAAAGGAGAAAAAGGAGAUCCAGGAGCAGAAUGGAGCGGCGGCCUCGGGCCUCAGAAGGGCCUGAGGGGUGAACCAGGGCUGUCUGGACCUCCAGGCAAACGAGGUCAAUCAGGGGAACCAGGAGAACCAGGCAUUGCAGGGGAUCAGGGGCCUCCAGGAGAGCCAGGAGAAGCUGGGUCUGCUGCAGUUCAGCAGAAGGCAGCCUUCAGUGUGGCCAGAGGAACCGCCGACUUUCCCGACAAAUCCAGCAUCAUUCGGUUCACCAAAGUCAUAACCAACAUCCAGAAUGACUACAACACAGACACAGGGCGCUUCAGGUGUCGGGUCCCAGGGAUGUACUACUUUGUGUUUCAUGCUACUCUGGAGGACAGACUCUGUGUGCUGAUGAAGCUCAACAAUAAUCUGCUGACAGAGUUCUGUGACUUUCGCAACAGGAAACAGGUGACUUCAGGCGGGCUGGCAGUCUACGUGUCACAGGGUCAGGAGGUUUGGCUGGAGACCAAAGACCAAAGAGGGAUGACAGGAAGACACAAUGGUUACAGCAUCUUUUCUGGGUUUCUACUGUAGCCUUUCUGACCCAUGGGAUGGAAGACCUGCAACAGUUGGAUGGCAUAAUGACUCUCUAGUUAUUGUUACUUUUCUUCUUAGUGUUGGUUUUUGUAAUGACGUGUCAUCUAUUCGGAUUUUACUAAAAAACAAACUGAGACAUUAAGAAUUUUCAACAUUAUUUGAUGCAGAUAAUCAGAUGUAUCAAAUUAUUUCCUUUCAGCUAAUAUUGAUUUCCUCAGUUGGAUUUAUUACCUCUGUCACCAGUAAAAAGAUUUUCUGCUAAAGCCAAUGUUGCAUCUUUUAUAUUGUUUAUCUCUCAAGAUAAAGUUUGUGUUUGAGCUAAUCAAACUAAUAAAUGAAGAACAAAGAGAGGCAACCAAACCCCUCUAGGAUUUA